AUGCGCCCAGAGAUUGAACAAGAGCUGUCUCACACCUUACUGGUGGAGCUGCUUGCAUACCAGUUUGCCUCCCCCGUUCGAUGGAUUGAAACUCAAGAUGUUAUUCUCGCCGAGCAACGCACUGAGCGGAUCGUUGAGAUUGGUCCCGCCGAUACCCUCGGAGGCAUGGCUCGUCGAACUCUCGCUUCCAAAUACGAAGCCUACGAUGCCGCUACUUCCGUACAACGUCAAAUUCUUUGCUACAAUAAAGACGCAAAGGAGAUCUACUACGACGUCGACCCUAUCGAGGAGGAAGAGCCAGCUGCUGAGACUCCAGCUGCCUCUGCCGCACCUGCUGCAGCAGCAGGUGCUCCAGUUCCAGCAGCAGCAGUAGCAGCUCCUCCACCUCCAAGUGCUGGUCCAGCCGCUGCAAUUGCGGAUGUGCCGGUGACAGCAGUCGACAUUCUGCGUUCCCUCGUGGCCCAGAAGUUGAAGAAGGGUCUGGCCGAUGUGCCAUUAACAAAAGCUAUCAAGGACCUUGUUGGAGGUAAAUCCACCCUACAGAACGAAAUCCUGGGAGACCUCGGAAAAGAAUUUGGCUCUACCCCAGAGAAGCCUGAAGACACUCCAUUGGAUGAGUUGGGUGCUUCGAUGCAGGCGACCUUUAAUGGUCAAUUGGGCAAGCAGUCAUCAUCUCUAAUUGCGCGUAUGGUCGCCUCUAAAAUGCCCGGUGGUUUUAAUAUUACUGCGGUUCGCAAAUAUCUCGAGACACGAUGGGGCUUGGGCGCCGGCCGCCAGGACGGAGUGCUUCUGCUCGCCAUCACCAUGGAGCCGGCCUCCCGUCUCGGCUCGGAUGCAGAUGCCAAGGCCUUCCUUGAUGACGUUGCCAACAAAUAUGCCGCAAGCGCUGGUGUCAAUCUCUCAACCCCAGCUGCUGGCGGAGAUAGCAGCGGCGGUAGCAGCGGCGGCAUGAUGAUGGAUCCUGCCGCCAUCGAUGCUCUGACCAAGGACCAACGGGCUCUGUUCAAGCAACAGCUCGAGGCUAUUGCCCGUUACCUUAAGAUGGAUCUGCGUGCCGGUGAUAAGGCUUUCAUCACUUCACAAGAAACUCAAAAAGCCUUGCAGGCGCAGCUGGACCUGUGGCAGGCUGAGCACGGUGACUUCUACGCCUCGGGUAUCGAACCCUCGUUCGACCCACUGAAGGCUCGUGUUUAUGACUCCUCAUGGAACUGGGCGCGCCAGGACGCCCUAAGCAUGUACUACGAUAUCAUUUUUGGCCGUUUGCAAGUGGUUGAUCGCGAAAUUGUCAGCCAGUGUAUUCGCAUCAUGAACCGUUCCAACCCCCUCCUCCUCGACUUCAUGCAAUACCACAUGGACAACUGCCCCACCGAACGUGGUGAGACCUACCAAUUGGCCAAGGAGCUUGGUCAACAGCUCAUUGAGAACUGCCGCGAGGUCAUCAAUGUUGCUCCUGUGUACAAGGAUGUUGCCGUCCCUACAGGCCCUCAGACCACCAUUGAUGCCCGUGGUAACAUCGGUUUCAAAGAGGUUGAGCGCCCCAGCGUGCGCAAGCUGGAACACUAUGUAAAGCAGAUGGCCAAUGGCGGUCCUAUCUCUGAGUACAGCAACCGUACUAAGGUUCAGCAUGAUCUUAAGAAUGUUUACAAGCUCAUGCGCAAGCAGCACCGUCUUUCCAAGGCCACACAGCUUCAAUUUGACGCUCUCUACAAGGAUGUCUUGCAUGCUUUGAACAUGAAUGAGAACCAAAUCAUGCCCCCAGAGAACGGCACUGCCAAGAAAGGUCGCAACGGAUUCAAGCGUACGCCCACCCGCCCUGGCAAGGUUGAAACCAUUCCUUUCUUGCACUUGAAGAAAAAGUCCGAGCACGGCUGGGACUACAACAAGAAGCUCACCGGUAUCUAUUUGAACGUAUUGGAAUCGGCGGCAGCCUCUGGUCUUACUUUCCAGGACAAGUAUGUUCUUAUGACCGGUGCUGGUGCUGGUUCCAUUGGUGCCGAGGUUCUGCAAGGCCUUAUUAGCGGUGGAGCCAAGGUCGUUGUUACUACCAGUCGCUUCUCUCGCGAGGUGACUGAAUACUACCAGGCCAUGUACGCGCGCUACGGCGCUCGUGGAUCUCAACUCGUCGUUGUACCUUUCAACCAGGGUAGCCAGCAAGAUGUGCAGGCUCUGGUCGACUACAUCUACGACAACAAGAAGGGUCUUGGCUGGGACCUGGACUUCGUGGUUCCUUUCGCUGCCAUUCCUGAAAACGGUCGUGAAAUCGACUCAAUUGAUUCCAAAUCCGAGCUUGCCCACCGUAUUAUGCUCACAAAUUUGCUCCGUCUUCUGGGCGCCAUCAAGACUCAGAAGCAGGCUCACGGUUUUGAGACUCGUCCGGCUCAGGUUGUCUUGCCCCUUUCUCCCAAUCAUGGCACUUUCGGAAACGAUGGUUUGUACUCCGAAUCCAAACUUGCCCUUGAGACACUUUUCAACCGCUGGUACUCCGAGAACUGGAGCAACUACCUCACCAUCUGUGGUGCCGUCAUCGGAUGGACCCGUGGUACUGGCCUGAUGGGCGGAAAUAAUAUGACCGCUGAGGGUGUUGAGAAGCUUGGUGUGCGAACUUUCUCCCAGCAGGAAAUGGCUUUCAAUCUCUUGGGUCUGAUGUCUCCGGCCAUCGUCAACCUCUGCCAACUUGAUCCCGUUUGGGCUGAUCUGAACGGUGGCCUUCAGUUCAUCCCCGAUCUCAAGGGAUUGAUGACCAAGCUCCGUACUGAAAUCAUGGAGACCAGCGAUAUUCGCCAGGCUGUCAUCAAGGAGACUGCCAUCGAACAGAAGGUUGUAAAUGGCGAAGACAGCGGCGUUUUGUACCAAAAAGUUGUUGCCGAGCCUCGCGCCAACAUCAAGUUCGAAUUCCCCAAGCUCCCCGACUGGGAAAAAGAGGUCAAGCCCAUCAACGAAUCUCUCAAGGGUAUGGUGAACCUCGACAAGGUUGUCGUGGUCACUGGUUUCUCCGAGGUCGGCCCCUGGGGUAACUCUCGUACUCGUUGGGAGAUGGAAGCCUACGGCAAAUUCUCGCUUGAGGGCUGUGUUGAAAUGGCUUGGAUCAUGGGUCUGAUUAAGCACCACAACGGACCUCUCAAGGGCAAGGCCUACUCUGGCUGGGUCGAUGGUAAGACGGGCGAACCUGUCGAUGACAAGGAUGUCAAGCCUAAGUACGAGAAGCACAUCCUUGAACACUCCGGUAUCCGUCUUAUCGAGCCUGAGCUUUUCAAGGGAUACGAUCCCAAGCAGAAGCAGCUAUUGCAAGAGAUUGUUAUCCAAGAGGAUCUCGAGCCCUUCGAGGCCUCGAAGGAGACCGCUGAAGAGUUCAAGCGUGCGCAUGGUGACAAGGUUGAGAUCUUCGAGAUUCCGGAAUCAGGCGAGUUUACUGUUCGCUUGCGGAAGGGUGCCAAUCUCCUUAUUCCCAAGGCCCUCCAGUUUGACCGUCUUGUCGCCGGUCAAAUCCCCACGGGCUGGGAUGCCCGCCGCUAUGGUAUCCCUGAGGACAUCAUUGAACAGGUGGACCCUGUCACUCUGUUUGUCCUUGUCUGUACUGUCGAGUCCAUGCUCUCUGCCGGUGUCACUGACCCAUAUGAGUUCUACAAGUAUGUCCACCUCUCUGAGGUUGGUAACUGUAUCGGUUCUGGCAUUGGUGGUACUCACGCUCUACGUGGAAUGUACAAGGACCGUUUCCUUGACAAGCCCCUGCAGAAGGAUAUCCUGCAGGAGUCUUUCAUCAACACCAUGAGUGCUUGGGUCAACAUGUUGCUCCUGUCAUCCACUGGUCCUAUCAAGACCCCUGUCGGUGCUUGUGCCACUGCCGUUGAGUCCGUCGACAUCGGCUACGAGACUAUUGUCGAGGGCAAGGCUCGUGUCUGCUUCGUCGGUGGUUUUGAUGACUUCCAGGAGGAAGGCUCAUACGAGUUCGCCAACAUGAAAGCCACCAGUAAUGCCGAGGAUGAGUUUGCUCACGGCCGUACUCCUCAAGAGAUGUCCCGACCAACUACCACCACCCGUGCCGGUUUCAUGGAGUCGCAAGGUUGCGGUAUGCAGCUUAUUAUGAGUGCUCAGCUUGCGUUGGACAUGGGUCUUCCUAUCCACGGCAUCAUUGCUCUAACGACCACUGCCACUGACAAGAUCGGUCGAUCUGUUCCUGCUCCAGGUCAGGGUGUCCUCACCACUGCUCGUGAGAACCCUGGCAAAUUCCCGUCUCCUCUGUUGGAUAUCAAGUACCGUCGCCGCCAGUUGGAUCUACGCAAGAAGCAGAUUAAGGAGUGGCAAGAAUCGGAGCUCAUGUACCUGCAAGAGGAAGUUGAUGCUAUGAAGGCUCUGGGUGAUGAGACUUUCAAUGCGUCUGAGUUCAUGCAAGAGCGUGCUCAGCAUAUCGAGCGCGAGGCCACUCGUCAGGAGAAGGAUGCCCAGUUCUCUCUGGGCAACAACUUCUGGAAGCAGGAUUCGCGCAUCGCUCCUCUGCGUGGUGCUUUGGCCACUUGGGGCCUGACUGUCGAUGAUAUCGGUGUCGCCUCCUUCCACGGUACUUCUACUGUUGCCAAUGACAAGAACGAAUCGGAUGUCAUCUGUCAGCAACUCAAGCACCUUGGCCGUAAGAAGGGUAAUGCCGUCAUGGGUAUCUUCCAGAAGUACCUCACCGGGCACCCCAAGGGUGCUGCUGGUGCCUGGAUGUUCAACGGCUGUUUGCAAGUCCUAGACAGCGGUCUCGUGCCUGGCAACCGGAAUGCGGAUAACGUUGACAAGGUCAUGGAGAAGUUCGAUUACAUUGUGUACCCCAGCCGCAGUAUCCAAACUGAUGGUAUCAAGGCAUUCUCCGUUACAUCCUUCGGUUUCGGUCAGAAGGGUGCCCAAGUUAUUGGUGUCCAUCCUAAGUACCUGUUUGCCACUCUUGACAAGUCCCAAUACGAGACUUACAAGACUAAGGUGGAGUCCCGGCAGAAGAAGGCCUACCGCUUCUUCCACAAUGGCCUGAUCAACAACAGCAUCUUCGUGGCGAAGAGCAAGGCUCCUUAUGAGGAUGAGCUCCAAAGCAAGGUCUUCCUUAAUCCUGAUUACCGUGUCAGUGUUGACAAGAAGACCUCCGAGUUGAAGUACUCUUCAGCUCCUCCAAAGGCUGAGCAACCCAACGAGAAGAGCACCCGUGAGGUUGUCGAGUCACUUGCGAAGGCCAGCGCUGCAGAGAACUCAAAGGUUGGUGUUGAUGUUGAGAACAUCGAUGCCGUCAACAUUGACAAUGAUACAUUUGUUGAGCGUAACUUCACUGCCAGCGAGCAGGAGUACUGCCGCAAGGCUGCUUCUCCCCAGUCUUCUUUUGCUGGACGCUGGAGUGCCAAGGAAGCAGUGUUCAAAUCCUUGGGUGUCAGCAGCAAGGGUGCCGGUGCGGCCCUGAAGGAGAUUGAGAUCACGAGUGACGCUACCGGCGCCCCCUUGGUGAACCUCCACGGUGCCGCCGCAGCCGCAGCUAAGCAGGCAGGCGUCAAGUCUGUCACUGUCAGCAUCAGCCACAGUGAAUCACAGGCUGUCGCCGUUGCAGUUUCACAGUUCUAG